AUGAGAGCUACGAAUUCAUCUUCAGUCACUCGAUCUUCUUCCAGCAAUUUAUCAUGCAGAAAACUAAAUAAAAAAAGAAAGAUUCCAAAUAUAUCUCAUAUACCCAUUUUGGACCUAACAUCAGAUGAAGAUUUACGUGAUCAACAGAUCCAUCAACAAUUAAUAUCAGAUUACUUGGACCAUGGUGACCAGACUUUUGUGUGUACGAUAUGUCAUGCACAAUUAUGGACACAUGAAGCUCUUAAAGGCAAUACUUCUGGAAAGAAAACUUCUUAUUCCAUGUGUUGUGGUAACGGAAAAGUUGAGCUUCCUGAAUUAAAAGAAGCUCCAACAAAUUAUCAAAAUCUCUUUCAUCUAAAGUUACGUCUUAUAGGAAGAAGGAAACAAGAUGGAAGGACAUAUAACUUACCUACUGCUUCUGAGGUUGCUGCUUUAAUUGUUGGUGACAUUGGUGAUGCAAUUGAUAAUAGAGAUAUCAUCGUAACAACUAAAUCAGGAAGUCUACAACGUAUAAACGAAUUACAUCCGGCUUACCUUGGUCUUCAGUACCCACUACUAUUUCCAUAUGGAGAUGAUGGAUAUAGAGUUGACAUACCUCACAGAGAUGUUGAUCAUUCAACUAAUACCAAACGUCGUUUCUGUACAAUGAGAGAAUUCUUUGCUUAUAGAAUUCAAGACAGAGUUAAUGUUUUUUCAUUAAUUCUUAAUUCAAGAAGGCUUUUUCAACAGUUUCUGGUUGAUGCUUAUACGAUGAUUGAAACUGAGAGACUAUAUUACAUACGCAACCAGCAAAAAGUUCUUAUAUGCGAAUCUUAUGAAACUUUAAAAAGCGUACAAAGUCAUGUUGUUUAUACGGUGGAGUUUCAAAAGCGUGGUCUGCCUCACGCACAUAUAUGUUUAUUCAUGCACUUUGAUUACAAACUCCCUACUGUUGAACAUAUUGAUCGAGUUAUUUCGGCUGAAAUUCCAAACAAAGACGAUGAUCCAGAAUUGUACUCACUUGUCAGUGAGUUCAUGAUGCAUGGUCCAUGUGGUUCUGAUAAUCCUAAAUGCCCAUGCAUGAGUGAAAACAAGUGUUCAAAAAACUUCCCGAAGCCAUUCUUGGAGAAUACUUCCGUUGAUUCAAAUGGUUAUCCUAUAUAUAGGAGACGUAAUGAUGGAUAUUUUAUAGAAAAGUCGGGUGUUAAGUUAGACAACAGAAGUGUUGUUCCAUAUCACAAAACCCUUUUGAAACGAUAUCAGGCUCACAUUAAUGUUGAGUGGUGCAAUCAAGCGGCUUCCAUCAAAUAUUUGUUUAAAUAUAUUAACAAGGGUCCUGAUCGGGCUACUGUUGAAGUUUCACAAAACAACAACGGAGGUGAUAAUGAUGAUGCUCCAGUUGAUGAAAUAAAUGACUACUAUGAUUGUAGGUUUAUCCCCCUUAAUGACGAUCAGCUUAAAAACUUGACGCUAUAUGAGAUUGAAAAAAUUCUACUCCAAAACAGUUCAAGCCUUAAAGAUUUUGUUGGGAAGCCUUACCCUGAUCAUGAUUCGGUAUCUUCUUCAAACAACCGUUUGAUUACUGAGGAGUUAGAUUUUGAUAUGAACAAUCUACAAAAAGAAUCUCAUCAACUACUUGAUUCAUUAACAAUUGAACAACGAUCAAUUUUUGAUGAAAUCAUGACAGCUGUUAAACAUAAAAAAGGAGUAUGUAUUUAUGCAAGAACUCCAUGGAAAUCAAGCUUUGAAGCUUUCCGUCUUCAUUUAGUCAAAGGUGAAAUUCCCCCUCUCUCUCUCUAA